UUUAACCCCCCCCCCCCGUUUCCGGGGCUCAGCGUGGGUAGCAGGUGGGGGGUCAGUUUGUAAUGCGAGGGGAGGUUCCAUCCGCGCGUAAGUUUCCCCUCCCCCAGGACCAGGGACAAUGGUGGGGUGGGGCCGGGCAGAGUCGAGAAGGUUCCAGCGUGUUUGGAGAGGACUUGGAUGCCUUUCGCUACUAACCCUAGUCUUUUUCUGACCUCACUUUUCCCAUCCGUGGAGGGAGUGCUGUGUGUUGGGUGUUAUGCAUGUGAUGUAAUUGCCUCGUUAAGAGUGAAAAAGUGUCAGGUGGGCAGAGAAUGUUCUGUCCUGUAGACCGUUUUAUCGUCCUGGCACCUAGGACCGUGCAGGCAUGCACAGGCAUGCUCUCCUGUAGGCGCUUAAUAAAUGCACGUUCAGUGAAAUCCCUUGAAUGGGGCGGGGGUGGGAUUUUAGCUCCAUUUUACGGGUGGGGAAACUGGGAGUGAGGCGGAGGCAGAUCAGUAACUUGAGGUCCGGACUGAGGAUCACAGGCAUAACCCGAAUCUGGAUCCGCUGGCUGUUAAUGUCUGGGGAAUGUCCAGUGGGGGUUUUGAAAGGCUCAGUGGCGCUUGAGGCUACAAACCCAAGUAUCUUCAGCUCAAGAAGAAGUUAGAAGAUGAGUUUCCUGGACGCCUGGACAUCUGCGGCGAGGGGACUCCCCAGGUCACCGGUUUCUUUGAAGUGUUUGUAGCUGGGAAGUUGGUUCACUCCAAGAAGGGAGGCGAUGGCUACGUGGACACGGAGAGCAAGUUUCUGAAACUGGUGGCCGCCAUCAAAGCCGCUUUGGCUCAGGCCUGAUGUGCCCUGAAGGCAGAGUCCAGUGACCUUGGCCCAGCCCCUCUCGGCAGACGCUUCAUGACAGGAAGGACUGAAAUGUCUCGUGGACGCCUGGUCCUUCCCUGAUGUUCUCACGGCCGCCGGUUGGGGCAGAGAUGGACAGCCCUGGUCUUUGCCUGUGUGUGUGGGAGUGUGUGUGUGUCCCCAGGUGUCUAACUGUGCACGCUGGUCCUCUUCCUCCCCGCCCCACCUCCCCACAUCUCUCAUCUCCCUGCAUCCCCACGUGUCUUCUUUCUACCCUCUGAUGUUUGGGAUGGUCCUGCUGCAGGCUUCCUUUUCAAGGGGAAGCUGAGAGAGGGAUUGGCGUGAAUGAGUUUCAGAUUUCAGCAGGGAUUGCAAUGGUUCGCAAUUCAAUAAACAUUGAUGAGGUUAACAAAA